AUGAGAGACACUGUGGUGAUUCAGGGUACUGGUGGUGUGAGUGUUGCUGGGAUACAGAUCGCCGUCGCUGCUGGUGCUGAUGUCAUCGCCUUCUCAACCUCAGAGGAGAAACUCGAACUUCUUCGGAAAGUUAGUACUAAGCAUGCCAUCAAUUACAAGAACAAUCUCAACUAA